GGUACAACCCCUGUAUUACUCUAUUUUCACAUUGUAUAUCUAAAAGUUAUUCAAGUUAAGGUUAUAUUUAUUCACGUUAGAUUUUCACGAUGAUUGAAAGGGAUCUUUAUUGCAAAAGGGUUCAUUAAAUAGAUUUGAGUUGUGGACACUGCAUCGCCCAGGUGUUAAGUACUGCAUAAAAGUACUGCAAUAUUGUCGCAUCUUCAAACUCAGUUUGUAUGAGUGAAAAUUUUCUUUUACAAGUGACCAUCCUAAAAUAAGAUGUUCAUUUUACAAGUGUGAUGUAAAUUAUUUGAAAGGAAAAGCCUUCAAUAGUGGUUUCACACUCAUCGGACAGUAGAUUAUCGAAUUGAAAUAUUUAUUUCACAAUGGAAUUAAUUCCAGAAGGUAGAAACUUCAUACUGGCGAAGGAGGAUGAAUUGCAAGACGUCCUUAAAGUGUUAGAGAAAUAUUUUCCGCACGCAAUGAAGUUUCAUCAAACGAUAAGGACGUACCUGAGUGAUAGAAUUUGGCAAUUCCAUUUUUAUGUAUCGAAAUCAUGGCCGAAAGAUGUAGUUUGCUUGCAUUUCCCUGGAUGCACGCUCACUCCUAGUAAUAAGAUGUACGAAAGCGUUGGAAUAUUUUGUCCGCCUGAACAACUAGACAAAAUGUCGUUAAUAGAACAAGAGGAUGUUCUGUUUAACUGGACUGAACCAAUUUACAUGAAUUUCACACAUGUCGGAAUCAUGAAUAAAAUGGAUAAUAUUUUCCGCACAAAAGUAAAUGGACAACUUGUUGGACACAUAUAUGGGGAUAUCUAUGUUCACGAUUGCCCUUCUGAGCUAGAUUUAGAAUUAGAACCAUUACCAGAAAAUGAAGCCGUUCUUCAACCGUUGAGAAUCUGUAACGUUAAGGACAUUCACGAUUUAUAUCCUGCUAGUGACAUUGAAAGCGUUGAACUUUUCGAAAAACUAAUGAAUCAACUCCCAGGUUUUGGUGUGUUCAACAAAUCCAAUAAUGAACUUGCUGCAUGGAGUCUACAAUCUUACUAUGGAGGCAUGUUCUCAAUGCAAACGAAGCCAGAAUUCAGGCGUAAAGGAUAUGGGAUACAGGUAGCUCAGUCGCUCACAAAGUUAGUUAUUCAACGAGGAUAUGUUCCAUUCGUGGUUAUAAGACCAGAGAAUAAUGCAUCAAGAAGUCUUUACACGAAACUCGGAUUUAGAAAAGCUUACGAAAGCGUUCGAGGAGUUUUCAAGCCAUACAUUUAUAAUGUUGAAGAUGACAAAGAAAACGAGGAAAAUUUGAACCAUGAUACAAAUUGUGACAGGGAGAAAAAAAACUGUUGAGCAGAAAAAAAAUCCAUAAUUUAUAUAUCUUCUGCACACGCAUCUUCUUUAUAGCUAGCGCAUUUCAAAGGCAAUCAAUAAAACAACUUGCUUUAUUUUCAAGGACAAGAAUGAUCGAAAACGUCUGGGUUUUCUUGCAUAGUACUGAAAUAAA